AUGGCCAUCCUUUCGAUCAAGAUAUGGUACCUUAGUACCUGUAAACAUAAUACCCAGACCUUCGAAGGGCUGGUGGAAGACAAGGACCGGGUAGAGCGUCGCGAAUUCGUCGCCGGUAACUCCCAGGACCUUUCGAUCAAUGUGUCUGUGACCUCGCUCAUGUGCAUCUUCCUCCUUGACUUUGGUGCCGAGCGCUAUGUCGAAGUCAAGUAUGGCGUCUGCAGAGAGGACCCCGAGCCAAUCAUGACCAGUGCGGUGGAUAACUCAACUGUGGACAAGGCAUCGCCCGGAAACUCUAGGAAGAGCGAGGCUGAUGUGGAGGAGUUGUCCACCUACGCCAAUUCGCAGUGA